AUGGCUUCGGGCGAUCCGGAUAUUUAUUUAGUUGAACCCACACCAUUAACUUUUGAAAUAGAUGAAGAAAACAUUGACCAAGGUUUUAUUUUCAUAUUUUUAGAAAACAUAGAAUAUGAAACCAUAAGUUGUGACUUCGUUGGAGAUGAAAAUAUAGAUGAAAGUGUAACACUUGAUGUAAGUACUACACCUAGUGAAGGUCAAGGUCAACAAAUUCGCAAGCCUGCUAAUGUAAGGGACUCAAGGUUAGGUUCAAAAAGUUUAAAAACUCCACGAAUGGUGAAACAAAAGCUUACUAGUCAGUUACAGGCAGCUAGAAAUUCUUUUAAUACAAUAGCAGAAAACCAAGCUGAUGCUAUGACAUUGAUGGCAGAUUCUCUAUCGGUAAUUGAAAAUGACCAAAAGAUGAUGUAG